CUCUUGUAUCCAUCACUGCAGAGCCAGGAUGGAGAAAUUUCCGUAUCCUCCCUGCCCGUUCCUGGCUCUUCACCGGUUUUGAUUUUGCCUCUGCAAAACAUUCUCAUCUCUCCUUUCUCUCUCUCUUUCCUCUCCGCUCCUCUUCUGACCACCUUCCUCCCCUCAGCAACAAUUCCGAGCAGAAAAAGAAGAAAAAGAAGGAAGAGAGGCAAGGACCAGGGAGUAUCCCAGACUUUCAAUGCAAAGCAAAAGAAAAAGAAGAAAGGGCACUGAGACCUGUCUUCCUCGCAUGCUGUACCAACUGGUGCCAGCCCUGAUUCCGAUUAUGAAGGCAUUAUGAGCUACCCGCUACAGAACUGGGUGUUGUUGACAGCCUUCCUUUCUCUGCUGCUUUGUCAUUCAGGUUUUGUAAAAGCGGGUACGCAACCUGGCGAUUUGCGGAGGCGGGUCCCGAAUGCCAGCUGGCGCAAAAGAUGGGGUGUUUCGGAAAUCACCCACCCCACCAGGCUAGUGGGGCAGAGUUCCGGGGGAGAGGUCCAAAACCAUCAGCUGGACACCAGGGUGAGAAAAGAGCCUGGCAGCAGCGGAGGAGCAGGAGGUGGCGGAAAAGGAGAAAGCCCUGUUAUACACCUGGCCCAGGUGAGUUUCCUUGUCCAUGCCUUUGGCUCAGCCUUCACCUUGGACCUUGAGUUGAACCACCACCUGCUGUCUUCACAUUAUGUGGAACGCCAUUUCGGGGAAGAUGGAAACGGCAGCCACACCACGGGAGCCGGAGAGCACUGUUACUAUCAAGGCGGUCUCCGCGGGGAAGCAAACUCUUUUGCGGCUCUGUCCACCUGCCACGGCCUCCACGGCGUUUUCUCCGAUGGAAAGGCCACGUACCUUCUGGAGCCUCACAAUUCACCUGAGCACCAAGAGGGUCCACUCCCUCAUCUGAUCUACAAGACACCUGUACCUCGCACUGCUCAGGGUUGCACGGAACCAGGGUGUUUAUUUGCUGAACUGAACUACUACAUUCCAUCUGGGCUCCCUAAAUUGCGACGCCGGAGGCAGGUUCACCGAAGUCACCGGACUGUCCACAGCGAGACCAAAUUCAUUGAACUCAUCGUAGUUAAUGACCACCAGCUGUUUGAGCAGCUGCGUCGCUCCGUACUCCUUACCAGCAACUUUGCAAAGUCUGUGGUGAACCUUGCUGAUGUGAUCUAUAAGGAGCAGUUGAACACAAGAAUUGUGUUGGUUGCCAUGGAGACAUGGGCAUCAGGGGACAAGGUCCAGGUAGACGAAGAUUCCCUGGAGACACUGAGCGAAUUCAUGAAGUACCGCCAGGAUGCUCUUCCUGAGAACAGUGAUGCUGUACAUCUCUUCUCCGGACACACUUUCAGAAGCAGCCGCAGUGGGACGGCAUACGUUGGAGGAAUUUGCUCAGUUACCCGAGGUGGAGGUGUCAACGAGUAUGGCAAUGUGGGAGCAAUGGCUGUAACGUUAGCACAGACCCUGGGGCAAAACAUUGGAAUGAUGUGGAACAAGCACCGUACCUCUGCUGGCGACUGUCGCUGUCCUGACUCGUGGCUGGGCUGUAUUAUGGAGGACACUGGAUUCUACCUGCCACGGAAGUUCUCACGCUGCAGCAUUGAUGAGUACAAUAAAUUCCUGGCCGAUGGCGGGGGAAGCUGUCUCUUUAACAAGCCACUGAAGCUCCUUGAUCCCCCUGAAUGUGGUAAUGGAUUUGUAGAGGCAGGAGAAGAAUGUGACUGUGGGUCUCUGGCGGAGUGCGCCAAAGGUGGGGGGAACUGCUGCAAAAAAUGCACACUGACGCACGAUGCUAUGUGCAGUGAUGGCUUGUGCUGCCGAGGGUGCAAGUAUGAGCCGCGGGGUGUAACCUGCCGAGAUCCCGUGAAUGAGUGUGACAUCCCUGAAACCUGCACAGGUGACUCCAGUCAGUGCCCACCCAAUUUGCACAAGCAGGAUGGCUAUUUUUGUGACAAUGAACAGGGCCGGUGCUACGGAGGCCGUUGUAAAACCAGGGACCGCCAGUGCAGUGCAUUGUGGGAUCGUGCUUCGGCUGAAAGGUUUUGCUAUGAGAAGCUGAAUGUUGAAGGCACUGAGCGAGGGAAUUGCGGGCGCGAGGGGAACCGCUGGGUGCCCUGCAUCAAGCAAGAUGUGUUGUGUGGAUACCUCCUCUGCGCCAAUGUGACCGGGUCUCCACGUAUGGGCGAACUUCUUGGUGAAAUCACCACCAUGACUUUCUAUCACCAGAAGCGUUAUGUUGACUGCAGGGGCGGCCACGUGCAGCUUGUAGAUGGCACGGAUGUGAGCUAUGUGGAAGACGGGACGCCCUGUGGACCCAGCAUGCUGUGUCUUGACCACAAAUGCCUUCCUGUAUCCGCCUUUAACUUCAGCACCUGUCCAGGCAGCUGGGGUGGCCAGAUCUGCUUUGACCACGGGGUCUGCAGCAAUGAGGGCCAAUGCAUCUGCUAUCCUGAUUGGACAGGAAAGGACUGCAGUGUCUAUGACCCUAUCCCAGAUCCAAAGCCCACAGGGGAGACAGAAAAGUACAAGGGUCCCAGCGGAACCAACAUCAUCAUUGGCUCCAUUGCUGGAGCAAUCCUGGUGGCGGCUAUUGUCCUGGGCGGCACCGGAUGGGGAUUCAAGAACAUUCGCAGAGGAAGGUAUGACCCGGCUCAGCAGGGCAUCUAAGCACCACACCUCGCCACCACCCCCUCCAUCGCUCAUCCCCUCCAUCCCAUCCUCCGCAUCGCCUUCAUCCCGCACUCCCUGCUUGCAAUGAUCAUGUGGGUGGCUGAACCAGCUCUCUUGUGGAGGCCCCUCUCGACCAAGAAGAUCUCAUCUGCGCCAUGCCAUCGCUUCUCUCCACGCAUCCACCAGAGCCGGCAUCAGCAACGCUUUGCUCUCCAUUCCUUAGUUGGCUUGCGGGAGGAGGGCCUUUGGGCAAUAAGCAGGAUUGUUAAGGAUUCAGCUAUCUAACACAGCAACAGGCCCUGCUCUCAAAUAUUGGAUGAUAAUGAUGAGGUGCUUGAUGUUAACCUUGGCCCUUGGUCUCUGAGGCCCACGUUUUGACAUGUUACCUUUUCUUAUCUGAUGUGGUAAAGUCCCCGUGAGAGGAAUUUACCCCCAUUGGUUUCACUGUGAGGAUUUAUCCUUUUGAGUGGGCCCUCAUGGUGAAAGCAGGUAUUUGUCAUGAACUGUGUUUGUUCUGACAUGGAAAAAAUGGCUCUACUUUCAGGAAACCCUGUGUUGACCUCUCCACCUCACCAUUACAUGUAAACCAAUCACUGUAUUUUCUGUGCUCCCCCCAUUCUGUUAAAUGAAAGGAUGUGCACCAUAUUUUAGCACACAUACAGGCCCUCGCAUAUUAUAAUGAGCAUUUGCAGCCCUGAGAUGUAUUAAACCCGCCCAAGAAACCUACAAGAUAAACCAUUAUUCCUGGAGAAACUGAGGCCAAUAGAGUGCAACUUGACUAAAGUACUCUGUGGGUAGCAUAGAUUUAAACCCAGGGGCCCCGAGGCCCAAUGCUGUAGUAAUGAACUUCACACACACUUUUUACUACCCAUAUAGAUACCUGUGUUUGUGCAUACACACAUGCCCCGAGUAUAUAAUUACCUAGGGGAUUUGGAGACCAGGGGCUUUUGUGUGUCCCCUUCCCUCAAUACAUGGAGAAUUUGGUUUGAACUGAGGCCCCCAUAACAUGUAAUGCUCCAUUAGUAGUAUUUCAGUGGUUCUUUCUCACCCAGAGUAGCCCUGGAGGCUGCAGCAUUGUGGGAAGGAAACUACUCAGGUGCUUUCCUGCUCAACAUUGCUUCCUGUGCCUUUGGUAUGUUUCCACUUGUAGGGGAAAUAUAUAUGGUUAUCCUUUCCUUCUGUGUGGCAAAAACAGCCAGGGGAGAGCCAUUUUGAAUGGGAAAAUGGCCAAUUAAGAAACUCCAUUAAGGCAACCCUUAAAACUCCUGUUCUCAGGUGCCUGAUUUUAUAGGGAUGCGGUUGGGGGAAUGAUAAAACCAUACAACCAAAUUUGCACGUGCUAUACCUUUCAAGCAUAUUCUUCCCCUGAAGGAAAUCUGGGUACUGGUCUGUUAAGGGUUGCUAGAAAUUGUAACUCUGUGAGGGGUAAAUUAUAGUACCCAGAAUUCUUAAAGGGGUGUGUGUGCUUCUAGUGUGUUUUACAGUUAUAGUGUGAAUGCAGCCUAAGUGUUGAGUACAGCCAGAGUAGAGAGGACCCACUCAAGUAAUUCUUUGCUGCCAUUUUUUGAAAAAGGAACAUCUUAACUCACAGGUGCUGGGUUUACUUGUGUGCAACUGUAUGGACAUUGGCUGUGAGUUAGCCUAAAGAUUCUGUGUAUGGCUCGGACUUCUCUGCCUGCCGUGUAUAGAAUGUAAACCUUAUAUAAAUAUGGUCUCAUCAGGACCCACAGAGUUAGAAAAACU